GCCGCCUUUCCAAGGCCCUUUUUUUUCAUUCUCUAGUUGCUUCUCCAUGGCUGCUUCUAUCUUUCUACUCUCCCCGCCUGCUUUUGGCGUCGCCACGGCACCUCCAGGGUCCGGCCGGGAUGAGAUUGAGUCAGAUGACGUGGGGGGCAGAGGGGAUGGCUGGUGCCUAUAUAGCUGCCUGUACACGCCACACCACCACCUCCUCUUCUUCUUCCUCCUCCCCCUCCCUCCCUCUCCACCACCACCUCUUCUUCUUCUUCUUCAUCCUGCCUGGCUCGCAUUGGCGGGCGCCGGGUCGGUUGAACCAAGAUGCCGACCAUCAAAGUCAGCGUGGACCUGGAAUGCUGCCGCUGCUACACCAAGAUCCAGAAGGUGCUCACCAGGAUCCAAGAGAAGGGUGAGUUCUGCAUCGACGACAUCACGUACGACGAGAAGAACAACGUGGUGAUCGUCACGGGGCCCUUCGACGCGGACAAGCUCGCCGACAAGCUCUGCUGCAAGGCCUGCAAGAUCAUCAAGCAGAUCGAGAUCGUGGAGCCGCCGCCGCCUAAUAAGGAGGAGCCCAAGCCCCCGCCGCCGGAGCAGAAGGAGGAGCCCGCCCCGCCGCCACCGGCGAAAGUCGACCCCCCGCCGCCCCCGCCCCCGAAGGAGGAGCCCCCUCCGCCCCCGCCGCCGAAGGAGGAGCCCGCCCCGCCGCCGCCGCCGAAGGAGGAACCCGCCCCGCCGCCGCCGCCCAAGCAGGAGCCCGCCCCGCCGCCGCCCAAGGUGGUGGAGGUCCCCUACCCGUGGCCGUACCCGUACCCGUUCCCGGCGUGGCCGUCCGACUGCUGCUGCCACCACGGGCACGGCGGGUGCCACUGCUGCUCCUGCGGCAAGGCCCCCGAGGCCCCGCCGGCGCCCCCGCCGCAGUACAUCCCGAUGCCGCAGUACGUGCCGCAGCCGUACCCCUGCAACCCGCCCUACGGCUACCGGGUCUGCUGCGAGGACGACCCCUCCUACGCCUGCACCAUCAUGUGAAUGCGAUUACCCCCUCAAGAGCAUCACUACUGAUUAGCAUGCCCUUAAUUACCUACCACUCUACCACCAGCGCCUACUGCCAUCCCAAUCAUGCCUCGUGUACAAUCAACCCAUCACCGUACAGAUUCAUCAUACUCCGUAUACUAUACUAGCAUCAUGUACACCGUAUCCUUCUUGUCAUCUACUUAGCAUAUACACUAUACUUUAUUCUGCUUCGUUACAUGUUUAUUAGGGCAAGUGAGUGAGAGAAUAAAAAUAAGCAAUGCUGUUGAUUUUCCGUGUAGAAAAGAAGACAAGGUGGGAAAGAGGUUAAGGGCUUGUUUGGCUCCCAGGACUAAACUUUUGUUUGGCUCUCCCAGACUAAACUUUAGUUCAUAUCGGAGAAAGUUUAUAUCGGAUGUUGGAUACUAAUUAGAAGUAUUAAAUAUAGUCUAAUUACAAAA